AGGUGCUCAAAUGCUGCUGGCUUCACUCAGCUGUUAGUUACACCCUUUUUUUUUUUUUUUAUAUGUAUAAACAAAUAUUGAAAAAGUCGAAAUUAUUUUGAAACGACCCUGAGCAAAACCAAAUAUAUAAAUAUUUAUUCCGCAUAAAAUUUUUUGGUUGCUUUUACUUCACUAAAUUGUACUCGGCUAGCAUGCGCUAGAGCGUUAUCUCAGUUAAACAAAGGUUUAGCCGUGUUAGCAUGCUAACUGCUAACUAGCAGAGCUUCUUUAGCAUCUUGACAAAUUUUAAAUAGUUGGAAAACAGAUCAGCAGGAAUAUUACUAUCUGAAUUAUUCUGUAAUGUAAAGGGAUUAUGAAUGCAACACUGGGGGUAAAUUCAGCGUUACAUUAAAACGUAAUGCUGCACUGAUAGCAGAGACGCCAUGGAUAAAGAUGUUAAGGCAGAUGUGGUCCCUACAAUGGUUGGAGGGGUAAAUGUGGCAAAUCUGGCAGCUCAGAGCAGAUCGGAAGAUGAAGAUCAAGCCAUUGGGAAGGACAUAAAGAGACCAGCAGCUCAGGCCUUCAGUGGAGGAGGUUUGGUUCCAAAAAGAAGAAGCUCUUCUAGGUCAAUUAAGAGGAAGAAGUUUGAUGAUGAGCUGGUUGAGAGCAGUCUGGUUAAAUCCUCCAGCAGGGUUAAAGGUCCACCAGGCAUGGAGCCGAUCCGCUGCCCUGGAGCCGAGCCGUCAUCCAGCGAGAAAAAGAAGGUUUCCAAGUCCAGUACAUCUCUAACGCCUCCUCUCACUAUGGUGAUCACUCCGCCCCCAAUUGCCAAACGAGUAAAGAAGAGCAAGCAGCCUCUGCAGAUCACUAAAGACCUGGGACGCUGGAAGCCCACAGACGACUUGCUGCUCAUAAAUGCUGUGCUACAGACUACAGAUCUCUCCUCAGUACAUCUGGGAGUGAAGUUCAGCUGUCGUUUCACGCUGCGGGAGAUUCAGGAGCGGUGGUAUGCUCUACUGUAUGACCCAGUCAUAUCCAAGCUGGCAUGGCAGGCCAUGAGGCAGCUCCACCCUGAGGCCAUCGCCGCCAUUCAGAGCAAAGCUCUGUUCAGCCAGGGCGAGGAGGCUCUGCUUGCCAAGAUUAGCUCUAACAGUCAGCCAAAACUGGAGGUUUUCCAGGACUUGCUGAAUAAGCACCCCAAUGUUUUCUAUCCAUCUCGUACUGCUAAGAGUUUACUGGUGCACUGGCAGCUUCUCAAACAGUAUUACUUACUGGACGACCAAAGUGUUCAGCCGCUUCCCAAAGCAGAUCAGGUUCUUAAUUUCUCAGAUGCUGAGCAGAUGGUUGAUGACUCCAAACUAAAGGAUAGCAGAGAUGAAGUACUGGAGCACGUCCCUGUUCUGUCUAUAGAGUUGAUGGUUGCAGAUCGGCACCAGAAGCGAGAGAUCAGGCAGCUGGAGCAGGAGCUGCCCCGCUGGCAGGUUUUAGUAGACAGCAUCACUGGUAUGAACUCACCAGAUUUUGAUAACCAGACGUUAGCUGCAUUAAGAGGGCGCAUGGUCCGAUACCUUAUGAGGUCCAGAGAGAUCACCCUUGGUCGUGCCACAAAGGACAAGCAGAUAGAUGUGGAUCUUUCUUUAGAGGGACCAGCAUGGAAAAUCUCCAGGCAGCAGGGGAUCAUCAAGCUCAAAAACAAUGGCGAUUUCUUCAUUGUGAACGAGGGCCGUAGACCGAUCUAUAUCGAUGGCAGACCAGUUCUGACCGGCAACAAAUGGAAACUCAAUAACAACUCUGUGCUGGAGAUUGCAGGCCUUCGCUUCGUGUUCCUCAUAAACCAGGAGCUGAUCUCUCUCAUCAAAGCCGAGACAGCCAAGAUGAACCAGCAGUGAUUCGCAAUGUGCACAUGUUUAGUCAGCUCAGGACUUGUGCAGUGCAUGUCUGAACAGGAGAAUGGACUGCUGACUCGGUAGAUUGCCCUGAAGGCAAACAUUCUAAUAGUGGAAAGGUUAUAAGGACUUCCAGACACUCGAUGAUCAGAGCUAUAACAGAGGAUUUGGACUACAGGCUCAGUUCACAAUUUUCAUAUUAUAGUAGGGUAAAACUGCACAAUAUAGCCAGUAUUGUCAUGUAGCCAAUAUGGACACAUCACUUUGAAAAACUAACAGAGAUGUAUAUUAAUGUUUGUUUGAUUUUGUGUUGGUAUAAGUGUUGCUGUUUGAAUUAGGUUUUAGGCCAUGGUGUAAUCUUUACACAGCUCUUUGUUCCUUCAGAAAAAAUGGAUGACAAAGCUACCAUUUUAAAAUAGUCAUUUGAAUAUAAAAAGCAACAGCUAAACUUCCCUGUGUGUUAAUUUACCUAUCGGAAAGUUUACUUUUAAACCCUCAGGACAAAACUAACUAUUGUAAUCUUCAUUGCUGUAUUAGCCUUUGCGGUACUGAAAUCGCAUGAUCUCUUUAACAAACCACUGUUUUGUCUUAUGUUCAUAAUUCUGAGUGAUCAGGAAGUUGCCAGGUUGUUUUGUUUUAUGAAUUGUGGCGUUGACAUGAUUACAAAAAACAAGAUUAUGGAAAAAAUGAACGCAGGCCCGUUGUUAAUUGUGGUAUAUUACAGGAUGCAUCGAUAAAAGAAUUAGUAAUUACUUAAAUAUAGGAUAAAUAAAGUAAGAAGGGCAAUGCGAAAAAAUAUUAAGUUGCCAAAAAUCUUUUACGGGCCAGAGCACUAUUAAGAACACUGUACUGUAGUAACCAUUCAUGCAAAUAUCUAAUCAUCCAAUUGUGGCAGCCAUGCAGUGCAUAAAAUCAAGCAGAUGCAGGCCAGCAGCUUUGGGUGAUGUUCUCCUUUUUUAUUAGAAUGGGGAAUAAAAUGUGAUCUUGGA